AUAAUGGAAAGUUUUAUAGACUUGACUUAACUUGAGCCUAUUCCAUACAAAAAUACAAUUGCUGUAUUGAAUGAAUACAUGCUCUAGAACAUUGACUUUUUGAACAAGUAUUAUGAACUACAAUAAUUACAGAUUUGGACAUUUCAAUGAAAAUAAAUUAUUUGAAAUGGAAGUAGUUUUGGAUGAAAUAGAAUCUAAAGUACUUUUAUUGGAAAAGAAACUGGAAUCAGUUCCUCCUGAAUUCUUAAAUGGUUUAGUGGUGCCUCCUCUUUAAUAAUAAUUAUAAGUGGCACAACCACAAUCUGUAUAACAAUAAAGUAUAUUGAUGUUGCAAUAGUAGAUGAGUAAAAUAAUGCAAUUCCUCCUCCACCUCCUCCUCCUCCUCCUUAAAACUAUUAAUAAGCUGUACAAAAUUAAGAUGCAUCUUAUGCUGCUGUACCUCCACCAUCUUAAAUGGAAUAAUAAUAAGUUUAAUAAGAAGAGUAAGUUUAAGAAGAAUAACCAUAAUAAUAAGAAGAAGUAGAAGAUGGUAUGAAUUCAUAAUGAUAAUAAUUUAGAAAGAUUAGAUAAAUAUAAAAAACUAUUAAGUUAUGGAGUCAAUGCAUAAUAGUUGAAAAUGAAAAUGUAAAUGGAAGGUUUGGAUCCAAAUUUAUUAGACAAGUAUUUGACUUGAUAAUGU